AUGAACAAGACCUACGUCAUCAUCGGUCCCGUUUUGUCAGAGUUCCCUGAAAAGGAUCUUUUUGACUGGUUCCAUGUCAAACUGGUCCCGGUUCUCCCAAGUUUCACUCCACAAAUGCUCCAAGGUGUAAUUACCAACAUCAACUGCACAAAAUACCAUGUCAUUGUGAGUGGGAUGGGCAAAGUUGUGUCUGCCAUAGCUCAGAAAAGACAAGAAGAAAUUGCAGCUGUUUUACUGCGGUACCUGAAAAACUCUGCUGCUGUCAUCAACCAGCCAGCUUGCAGGGUAAACAUCAAGACCGAUUCCCAGUGGGUGGAAACAAACCUGGGCCCAUUUUCUCAAUCCGCAACAUAUUCUGAGCUCAAAUUCUUCAACCUCUCUCAGGGAGCACUCGUGAGCGUUCUUUCACCCAAACAGAAGGCUGAGCUUCUAACAGAUCCAGACAGCCGUGCUCUGGAGGAUGCCACCCUUGUAAAGGAGGUGUUGACAAACAUGACACAGUCCGGCAAUGUGGAGCAGCUUGGUCAGUUUUUCCUAGUGUUCACACAGUCCCUCCAGCAGAGUCACUGGCCUAAUGGAAAGCCUGAAGAUCCUGCCACUGCACAUUUCAAUGGACGUGAGAUCAAGCCUGGAAUCGCUGCAGGAGGCCUUCCCAGCUCUCAACUCCAAGCACUGAAUGAUGACAAUUCUACUGAAGCCGUGUGCAACUUCACCAUCACUGCACAUGCCUGUGCCCCGACAACAAGACUCUCAGCAGAAAAGUUGGCCACGCUCUUGAAGUGCUCUCUGGAAAGCAACCAGAUGGUGGUGGAAGUUUGGCAGCUUCUUUUCCAAAAAGCUUCUCCAGUACUCAGGCAGGCUCUGGCCUCAUUCUCCGCCAUGGCCCCCACCGCCAUGAGCUCAGCCUAUUCCAAUCCUCUUGAUGCUCUGAGAGAAGUGCUUGCUGAAAACCUUACACAGGAUCAACUGAAGAGUGAAGUAUUUGUUAGAAGUUGGUUCCAGAUGGAUCUCGGUCCAUUCCUGGCCUCCCCGUCAACCAAUUUCCUCUUCUGCCUUGGCACCUACAACUUCAGCUGCCAGACCUACCAAAUUGUCGUCGGAGCAUUCAGCAACCGAAGCCCACUGAUGGACAACGACAGAGAGCGAGCAGUCUUUACUCACUUCAUCCGACCGUUCCUUUCCAGAAAGGAUUUGCCAGAUCCAGGCUGUGUGUCUUCUGCCAAUAGUAGUCAGCUCUGGCUACAGGCCAACCUUGGCAAUUUCUCUCAAUUUGCGAGCGUAGAGGAUUUGAAAGCCCUUUAUCCAAACUUCUCCAGUGCCGACGCCUUGUCCAAACUGUCUCCCUCUCAGGUAGCAGAGAUACUGCUGCGCACAGACAUCUCAAAUGACACAAAAUUUGUCGAUCAAGUCUUUGAGCGACUGCAGGUUGGAAACGCUGUUGAAAACGUGGACACAUUCUUUACCAAACUUACAGAGAAGGAGAAGGUUCCACAGUUUCAAGUUGACGUGAGAGAUCGCAUCAUGAACAAGACCUACGUCAUCAUCGGUCCCGAUUUGUCAGAGUUCCCUGAAAAGGAUCUUUUUGACUGGUUCCAUGUCAAACUGGUCCCGGUUCUCCCAAGUUUCACUCCACAAAUGCUCCAAGGUGUAAUUACCAACAUCAACUGCACAAAAUACCAUGUCAUUGUGAGUGGGAUGGGCAAAGUUGUGUCUGCCAUAGCUCAGAAAAGACAAGAAGAAAUUGCAGCUGUUUUACUGCAGUACCUGAAAAACUCUGCUUCUGUCAUCAACCAGCCAGCUUGCAGGGUAAACAUCAAGACCGAUUCCCAGUGGGUGGAAACAAACCUGGGCCCAUUUUCUCAAUCCGCAACAUAUUCUGAGCUCAAAUUCUUCAACCUCUCUCAGAUUACCAUAGUAGAUUCAGUUUCUUCUGGAGAAAAAGCUGAAUUUCUCCUUCAACCCGAUAUUCUUGCCAAUGUCUCCCUUGUCAUCACCGUUUUUGAUCGUUUCACUACAUCAGCUUCCUUGGAAAACCUGGAGUCGUUCUUCGACACAUUUGUUGAUGGUCUUGUUAAGCAAAAUCUGACUGCUGUUAACCCCAACAUGCGUGACAAUAUUCUAAAUCUGACAAUAACUGCACUCGCACCAAAGUUCCACCUUCUAAAUCCCGAGGGCUUUAGGUUAUGGUUCCAAGUCUACCUGCCACUCUUCCUCCCUAGCAUCAAGUCAACAACCUUUGAUAUAAUUCCCAGAAACAUCUCCUGCAGUUCAUACCAACAAAUAGUCAAAGGAUUGGACAACAUUAUUAGCCAGCUCUCCGAAGCACAGAACCAAGAGGUUCUAAAGUUUGGAUUGGACUAUCUCAAAGCUCAGUUAACUUCAGGACUUUCCUGUUUUAACGCUGAGAUUGAAACUAAUGACAGAGGUUGGCUUGAAGACAACUUUGGUCAGUUUCGUCUUCAAGCCUCUUUCAAGAAUUUUCUGUCUCUGAAGAAAGAUUUCAAAGGAGCUGAGGUGGCGGAUCUUCUCACUUUCAGUCAGCUGAAGGAGCUUGCAGCAAUCCCUUCACAGCUAAACGGAACGCAAGAUGUGACAAAAGUCAUGGCAGUCAUCAAGCCGGCUGACUUUGCUGCUUUCUUUGAUUCACUCGCUCAAGCAGUGGCGGCCCAGUCGGUGAACUACACACAGGAAGUGAAAUCUGCCUUCCUCCAGGCGGUUUUUGACAGGGGAGGUCUUCCAGCUGUCAGUGACGAAGACUUCCUGCAGUGGCGAGGGCGACUGCAGCCGUUGCUCAUUGACCUCUCUCCAAAUCUGGUGCCACGCUUUGUCAGUCUAGUAGCAAACAGGAGCUGUGCCACCAGCCAGGAGAUGAUAAAUGUGCUUGACACAAUACAGACAACGCUCAGCAACAACACUAAAACCGAAGUCUACAGAAACAUCCUCAUUUUCCUCCAAGAUUCAACGCUGCUGAAGUGUUACAGAGGUGGAAGCUUCUACCUCUUCCUGCAGAACAUCUUCCUCAGCUUUGGAUUUCCUGAUGUGGCGACAUUCAUAUCUCUUCUGCCACCAAAGCGAGAGUCAGAGCUCCUGAAUACCAUCAGCACAUCAGAGCUGAGUCAGUUGCUCAAUCAGCCUGAUGUCGUCAAGAACAGUACAGACAUCUGCAUCAUCUUCAGCAACUACAACAACACUCCUUCCUUCCUAGAAAACGAGGACGUCCCAGACGAUGUGAGGAGGAUCAUCCUUCCCUGUGUUUGGCCUUUGGCUCUGAGCAGCAACAGAAGAUCUGAGGUUGAUCUGUGGUUUAACGUACGUUUGAGGAACUAUUUGAAGUUCCUCACCAAGGACCUCAUCAGCUACAACGAAGUGCAGAAUGCUUCAUGUCUCACCUUCCAAAAACUGGUGUCUUUCAUGGGAAAGAACUUCACCUUCACCGGUUCAGACUUUGGACAGCCAGAUGUGUACACCACCAUCAGAAGUUAUCUUGGUGCUGGAUCUGUGGCCAGAUGCUACAACGCCACAGACCCAGAUCUGAACUCCACCUCCUGGUUUGUCAACUACAUCGGCAGCUUUGUGAUAUUUAUCACUCUGGAUGAUUUCAAAAGCUUUGUCAACACCUCCCAGCUGAAUGUGUUCUUGAAGGAUAAGGCUAAUCUGGAGCUCUUUAACAACCCAGCGGUCCCACAAGAUGUAACCAACUACUACAUCUUCCAGCUUUUUGAGUUCUACCCAUCCUUUGGACUCAUUAUGCUGCCAGGCUCUUUACUCUGCUCCCCUGACAUCCCAAGCUCCUUAUUUGCUUCUCUUAAUGAAAACGAUACGAUGGCCAUCUUGGACAAGCUGAAUACAUUCUGCAACAGCACAGAGAAUCCUGAGAGAGCUGCAGCUCUGGCAUCCAACAUCAAGGUCUUCACAGCACAAACGUUUAAAGACCUUGGAAGUGCGUCUUCUGGCCUGACAAACAGCCAGAUCAUGUCUGUGUCUCCUGAAUUGCUGGUUUUGUCUUUGUCCAUCCUGGGCUCAGUGAACACCUGGGGAAAGGACCAGGCCAGCAACAUCAUCAACCAAAUCACCUCCUCAAGCUUUCAGAUCAACAGCGCUGCCUCUCUGGAGUCUCUAGGGACUCUUAUCAUUGGAGUUCCUUCAAAGUCAAUCAACAGCAUCUCAGCUUCUGAAAUACUCAGCGCCUCCAAGAACCCAACACUUGUUUCCAACAUGCUGGAAGCCCCGAAGGUUGUCCAGGAGGCUUUUGUCAAAAAGAUCAUUUCUGUGGACUCCAGUCCAACCAAAGUGGUGGAGAACGUCCCUGACGCCUUAGCAACAGAGAUUCCACCCUCCCUGCUGCUGUUUUCUGAGGGAACAGCCAACAUCACCGCGAUAAACAAGAAGACCUGGACCGCAGAUCAGUCCACCAUGUUUUUUGCUACGCUGGCUGGGACAAAUUUUGACACUGAGCAGCUUUCUCCAUUUGUGCUGCAAGGCUUCACAUGCGGCACGGUUAAGAAAAUGAGAAAAGCCCAAAUCAGUCAGUUGAUCCACGCCUGCAGGCCGAGGAAAGGCAGGGCUAAGGUGGAGCUGAAGGAAUCUCAGCUGACCUGCAUGUACAAUCUGAUCCGUGACGACCUCUCUCAGAACUUCACUGAUUACCCUUCAGACCUGCUUCUCUACUUGGACUCCAAAAAUGUCCAGAAAGCAAACUGCAGGUCCUACUUUUCUGCCCUGGGUGCUACAGACUUCUCUGUGGCCUCCAGCAUCUUGAACAAGGGCCCACAGAAGUUCAGGGAAGCUCGAGACUGCUUGGGGAUCAGUGGCAUCAACCUGAGCAGAGACAAUGUGGAGGUCCUGGGGAACAUGGUCUGCACUCUGGAUAGAUCCGACAUUGAGAACUCAGAUCCUCUCAUCCUGGAAAAACUAAAAGCCUGCAAAGACCUCUCUGCCAGCCAAGUGGCUGCUAUGGAAACUCUGCUGCUGUCUGGGAAAACACAAUACGGAGCUGUAAACAGUUGGGACCAACAGACGCUAGAGAGUCUGGGAACACUUCCUUUGUAUUUAACAAGAAACAUCUGGACACAUUUCACAGCUGCAACACAGAAAAGAUUCCUUAAGGGUUUCAUGCCUGACCUAAGGAAUCAAAAAACACAGAAGAGGAAGCUCAGGAAUCUGUUUUCAGAGCUCACCCCUACAGUAGCAAAACGAGGAGCAGGAUGCAGUGAGGGGAACAUCACCCAGGUGACCAUCAGCGACCCUUCCUUCCCCUUUGGCUACAAUCAGCUGCAGUUUGAACUCUGCCUGGACGUUCCCAUUCUGAAAGAUAACCUCUACUCCAUCUGCCAGAAAGUGGAUGAUGAUGGUUAUAAAAGAAUCAUUCUCAAUAAACUCAACCAGGCAUUCCCAUCUGGAGUUCCUGAUCAGGAAGUACAGAUGCUUGCUUCAGUCUCUCGCUCAGCAACACCUGAUGACAUCUCUAAGUGGAACAUCACUGCACUGGAUACCUUGGCAGCUCUGAUGAAACCUGAAGAUGGAGCAUGGGAGAUGGCACAGAGCAAAGCAAUCAUCACCAAGUACCUGAAUACCUCUGGAAAUUCACUGGGCAGCAGUGAACUGAACAUUAUUGACUCCAACCUGUGCUCACUGGACACCAGCACAUUACAGACCAUCACAGCAGACAGUAUCAGAAAUGCCAAGCAUCUAAAUGUGGCAUCAUGUUCAACUGAGCAGAAGAGAGUCCUCUUCGAGAUCAGCAACUCCUCCUUCAGCGUCCAUCGUGAUAAUCCCAUUAACUUUUUUAACCUGGUUAAAGGCUAUCUAGGGGGAGCACCUCAAGCAGAUAUUGCAACGUUAUCAAGACAGAACAUCAGCAUGGAUGUCCAGACUUUCAGGAGUCUGGAUAUCAACGUGAUAACUAAUCUGACUGUGGCCAACGUCCAAGGUCUGAUGGGUGAAAACCUACGAGAUCUCAAGCUGUUUGAGAAUGAUACUGUGGUUCAGACCUGGGUGAACCUACAGCUACAGUCUGACCUGAACACACUGGGUUUGGGUCUAAUCACCACUCGGGCAGACCCAACAGUACCAACCAGUACAAACAGCACUGAGCCACAGGGAACCACAAACAGUUCAAGUACAACCCCAGCCAGUACAUCAAUAUCAUCCCAAUCUGCAACCACCAGUGGUGUCCUGGAGUUCACAAAAUCACCAGCCUCUGUUCUCCUGACCGCUCUACUCACAGCUGCUCUACAAAUAAUCCUGCGACCAGCCUAAGAGCCCCACUGCUGCAAUAACUCAGGCAGUGCUUUCAUACAGCCUACAGUUAUUAUCACUAUUAGCUCUAUUAUUUACUCACAUGUACAAAAAAUACUUCAUCUCACCUUUUUGAUGUCUUUAUUAGCAUCAUGAAUCUAAUCUAUAUCAGAAGAAUCAUUUAAAUCUCUACAUAACUUGUUGAUGGAAAUUAGUGGAAAAUUAAAGAGAACAUUCAUAUAAAGUGCUAAAUCACAAUACAAAUUAAUUGCAAUGGUUUUUAUUCUUUCAGAUGUAAUUCUUUUCCUCCUGUACUUUAAAUAGUAAUGCUAUUAUCUAAAUUAAUAAAUGCACAUUAACAUAA